GCUGGGAUCAGAGCAGGAAGGACAUGUGAGAUAGUUACAGUUGUACAGUGGACAGGGCAAGAUCUAACCAUUUCAUCUCCGUGUCUGUGUAGAAUGACGGCGCUCGGAUGGACAUCCGCGUCGAAAGAGUAAUCUUAUUUUUAUGAGAGCAACUGUUGGAGAACAGGAAUCCUCAAAUCUGCCUUCAAAGCGUCGUUGCGCUCACUUUAACUGAUAUUAUUACGGGGACUUCGUGGAAAUCAGCAGCAACGGGAGUUAAAGUGGAAGAUUUCAUCCACCGCCUUUUCAGAUCCAUAUUCGUGAUUCAGAAUUGCGUUGGUGUGCUUUUCCUCCUCUCAGUGAGACAAUAUAAUAUUUUGGAUACUCGAUUCGGUCUUUCUUUUCUUUCUUUUUUUGCCAGAGUACACCACUAAAUAUAUUUUUCACUACGAUUUUUGGAUGCACCGAUGAGAGAUCCAGUUUUUACAGGGACUGCCAUGGCUUACCACCCUUUCCACGCUCACCGGCCGACCGACUUUCCUAUGUCAGCCUUUCUAGCGGCCGCGCAACCCUCCUUCUUCCCGGCGCUGACUUUGCCUCCCGGGGCUCUCACAAAGCCGAUCCCGGACCAUACCCUGGCUGGAGCCGCAGAGGCUGGGCUCCAUCCGGCUCUGAGCCAUCAUCAUCAGGCAGCUCAUCUUCGCAGUCUCAAGAGCCUAGAACCAGAGGAAGAAGUGGAAGAUGAUCCAAAAGUCACACUGGAAGCCAAGGAUCUAUGGGACCAGUUCCACAAAUUAGGAACAGAAAUGGUUAUUACGAAAUCUGGCAGGAGAAUGUUUCCACCUUUUAAAGUCCGCAUUAAUGGACUCGAUAAAAAAGCGAAGUAUAUUCUAUUAAUGGAUAUUGUGGCUGCCGACGACUGCCGCUACAAGUUCCACAACUCUCGCUGGAUGGUUGCGGGGAAGGCCGACCCGGAGAUGCCAAAGCGAAUGUAUAUACAUCCGGAUAGCCCAGGUACUGGAGAACAAUGGAUGGCUAAGCCUGUUGCUUUUCAUAAACUGAAGUUAACGAACAACAUUUCGGACAAACAUGGAUUUACUAUUCUGAAUUCAAUGCAUAAAUACCAGCCCAGGUUCCAUAUUGUGAGAGCCAAUGAUAUUCUGAAGCUUCCAUACAGCACUUUCAGGACAUAUGUUUUUCCUGAGACCGACUUUAUUGCUGUCACAGCUUAUCAAAACGACAAGAUAACACAACUGAAGAUUGAUAAUAACCCCUUUGCCAAAGGCUUCAGAGACACAGGGAAUGGACGGAGGGAAAAAAGAAAACAGCUGACCCUUCCUUCAUUACGCAUGUAUGAGGAUCAGUGCAAAGCGGACCGUGAUGGCGGAGAUUCUGAUGCUUCCUCAAGCGAACCUGCAACCGGUAGAGAUGCUGGUCAUUCACCUGGACCGGUUUCCAGCCCACUUAGAUUUAACCGGAGCAGCAGAGAGGAGAAAACAUGCAGUGACAGUGAGCAGGAAAUGGACCACCAAGAUGAGCGAUGUGGAGGCUCCAGCAGUCCUGGACCUGAGCCUCCAUCUCCAUUCAGGUCGAGAUGUGAGGAGAGGCCUGUCCUAGAGAAAAAAGAGGAUUAUCCUGAGUCCAUAAAAAACUUGGAGAAAGACAAAUUAGAGAGCAGGCAAAGGAAAGACUCAGACUUGUCAAAGAAGGACACGGAAAAUGGGAGUCUAAGCGGCAGUAAAGAUAGCUUCUCUCCUCUGAUGGUACAAACAGAGAGUCCUUCACAUUUUGGGGCAGGACAUCUUCAGAGUUUGGCGCUCUCCGGCCUACACAGUCAACAGUUCUUUAACCCACUAAACACCGGACAGCCACUAUUAUUCCACCCUGGACAGUUUGCCAUGACACCUGGAGCGUUUUCAGCCAUGGGUAUGGGACAUCUAUUGGCUUCAGUGUCAGGAGCUGGUGGCCUGGAGAAUGGGAGUCUGUCGGCCCAGGGUACUGGGAGCACCCCGAGUCCUUUUCCCUUUCAUCUGUCUCAACACAUGCUUGCCUCUCAGGGCAUUCCGAUGCCAACCUUCGGUGGACUUUUCCCCUAUCCGUACACCUACAUGGCUGCGGCAGCAGCAGCAGCCUCCGCCCUCCCCGCGAGCAGCAGCACGGCCUCCUCGCUAUCCAGGAACCCGUUCUUGAGCAGCUCCACUCACCCUCGACUGCGAUUCAACCCUUACCAGCUCCCCGUGUCUAUCCCCCAAAGCACACACCUACUCACUACCGGAUUGCCAGGCGUCCUGAACCCCUCAUCUGAAUCCUCUAAAUGUGGUAGCAGGGAGGCGAGUCCAGUGCCUGAUCAGCAUAAUCAUAAAUCAGGGGCCAGUCAGAGGAACGGCUCUCCUAAAACAUCAAUGAAGGAAUCCAUCAAUGAACUUCAAAAUAUUCAGAGACUAGUGAGCGGCCUAGAGAGUCAGCGGGAAACUUCCUCACCUCGGGAUCCCCCCAAGUGAUCAAGCGUCCCCAAACCUAUCCAGGGAAUGACUUGAAUUGCCAGAGGAUUUUAUCAAGUGGUUCUCUGCGAUGCAUUUCAUCAUGUACUGUUUUGCGCAUGGAUGACUGGAGUGGAAAAAAGACAAACAGCA